AUGCUCAUGCUUACAUCUUCCGUCCUGGCGGCGCUCCUCAGCGUGCCGGCCAGCGCUCAAAGCAAUCUCGGCGGACAAGGCUACGUCGACCUUGCAGUAUACGGAGGCGUACCGGACCGCAAAGGAGCUGGAAUACUCUAUGGACUUCCCAAUAACCCAGCUUACUCUCCUCAGAGCGCGCCUGCAAGAUCAAUUUGGGGUCCGCUGUACCAAGGUGCGGGCAUUUCGUGGCUACGUGCCGGAGGAGCACAGAUUCCAUUCGGCGGCUAUGCUGCAGAUGUGAAGAGUGGCAAUACUACAGGGUUUGACAACCGCUUCGCAUCUGCACUGCAAAACUACCGGGAUGCCAGAGCCCUCGACCCGAACACUCGAUAUGUGCUUCUGCCUCACGACAUCUGGGGAGCAGACAGCUUUGAGGCAUCUACGACCAUCUACCCAUGUGAUAAUGGUGAUUGCACGGAAUGGGGUCGCUUCCUUGACAAACUGAUUGCAAGAUUGAAGCAGAAUGGCAUGACGACUAAUUUGUACAUCGAUAUCUGGAACGAACCUGACGGGUUUGGUUUCUGGCCCCGCUCACAGGACCAGUACCUACAAGCAUGGGACUAUGCCUACGACCGGUACCGGUCAGCACUUAGUAGUGCAAUUCUAGUCGGCCCAGCGACUGCGAGCCAGCCUGCUCUCGACAAUGGGUGGUGGACUAACUAUGCCAAUCACAUUAAGGGAAACAACAAGAUUCCAGACUGGUAUAGCGCCCAUCAGCUGAAUGGCCGCAACUCUGCCAACUGUGGCAACGACCCCGUCAACACUCAGAACCAGCUGAAUCAAGUCCUUUCUCGCGCCGGCCUACCAAGUCGUCCAUUCCAGCUGAACGAGUACGCCGCUCCAGACGAGCAGACUCCAGCCUACACCGCCUGGUUCAUCGAACGAUUCGAGAGAACCGGCAUCGUUGGUCUCCGAGCAAACUGGGGCUCCAAAGUCGGCCUCCACAACGACCUCGCCAAACUUCUCGGUCCUGGCGGCUCCGACAAGAGCUCCAACUUCUACAAGCUCGGCGACUGGCACGUCCUCAACUACUACACCCAAGCCCAAAAAGGCCUCAUCACUCGCGCCGGAGCCACCGUCAGCACCUGCUACGAUCUCUACGUCACACAAGAACGCAACAUUGGCGUGACACACAUUCUCGCUGGUACACGCGGUCAGACCGGUUCAUAUCCUAUCACGAUCUCGAAUGUGAAUAACAUGCCAGCGUACAACGGUCGCUCGACACUGAGAGCUCUGAUCAAGGAGAUUCCGUAUAACAAUGGUGGCCGCGUGGAUAAUCCGAAUGUGGUUUCGAAUGGUACCGUGGCUGUGAGGAAUAACCAGGUGGUGAUCAAUCUGAACCAGAAUUUGGAUUCUGCUUAUACCAUUGACCUCUUUGCUCAGUAG